AUGCUUUUUCUUAUUCGGCAUGGUGAAAGAGCAGAUGAUAGUACAAAUGCUGAAAAAUAAAGAAUUAUAUUAUCAUUUGAUCCACAUUUAUCUAUAAAUGGAGAAUCAUAAGCUAAAAAAACUGGAAAAUAUAUUAGAAAUAUUUUGAAAUUAGUAAUAAUAUGCAUAAAAUUAAUAAGCAAUCAAUCGAAAAUAUUAUUUUGGUUACAUCACCUUAUUUGAGAUGUGUCUAAACUAUAAUUGGAAUUGCAAGUUAAUUAGAAUAACAAAUUUAAAUAUAUAUAGCAAAAGGAUUAGGAGAAUGUUUUAGAUAAGACUGGUUUGAAAAAGAUGUAUUAUCAGAAUUGCAUUAUUAUAAAUCCUCUUAAUUUUAUGAUCAUGUCUUUAAAUAAUAUCCCUUAUUAGAUGUGCCUUAUUAAGAAGUCAUUCAAUAAUACCCUGAAUCUAUAUAAGAAUUUUUUGGGAGGUUUUCUGAAAAUUAUAAACGUAUGAGAGAGUAUUUCUAAAAUAAACACAUUUUAGUUGUGACUCAUGGUUAUGGAGUUCAUGCUGUAAAUAUGUUAGAAAAAUAAGUUAUAUCAAAUAAUGCUGAUUAUUGCAGUGUUAAUGUAAUUUCAUAUUAAAAAGACAAUGUAGACUAUUUGUUGCUUAAUAGUACAGCUCAUUUAAAAAAGUCUAAAUUGUGA